CGCACCUGGAGACUGCGCUUGGGUAGCUGACGUGACGAGGAGCACUCAGAAACCGGCCACACAGCCACAGCAAACGCAACAUGACCGCCAACUUCUGCGUGUUCUGCCUCUCCUCGCUCCUGCUUUUGAACUCCAUCGGGGCCAAACCGCUCUCCGAGUUACAGAGCAUUAAGGAGCUCCUGGAGGAGGAACAAACGGCGAACGCGCCUUUCAUUGGUCCGGAGGUGUCGGAGUCGGAGUCGGCGUCGGAGUCGGAGCGGGGAGGCGGGACGGCGGAGCGCCGCGCUCUGAGUGGAAGCACCUGGACCGUCGGGGAGAUCAGCGGCGCGCUCGCGGCUAAGGAGAACGCGCUGGAUCGCCUCAUCGGGGACAUCCUGUCCGUGUCCAAACGCAGUCGCUUCAAGAAAGGUGGCCUAAGGAGCUGUUUUGGUGUUAGGCUAGAGCGCAUCGGCUCUUUCAGUGGUCUGGGAUGCUAGAAGCGUCAGGUACAUCCAGUGUAUUAUUUACUCAGCUGACGAGAUGUUAUAUAUACAUAUAACAUCAAUAAUAUGUGCAUUUUUACAUUUAUGCGUUUAUUGUUUCUUGCCUCCUCCCCUCCCUCCUUCCCCUCUCUACAGGAGCGGUUUGUACUGGAACAGGGCACUGAAACUCCUUACUUGAACUCCUCGGGCAGGGCACAUGCCUUUUUUUUUUUUAAAUUUAUUUAUUUAACGUUAUUCUGAAGUAUUGACAUGUUUACAGCUGUGCGCAGAGCAUCGUCUGCUGAGUGUUAUUUAUUCUGUGGUAACUGUGUAGAAUUGUAAAUAUAUUUUUGUUAAUAUCAUCUAAAGCUUUUACUGCUUCUUCUGUGUAUGUAUUUAUUUCUUGUCCAAAUUCAUGUCAUAGAUUGAAAGGUGUGGAAUUAUGAAUAAAUAUUUUGCAUAAUAGCCUAUGUGUGUUGACCGUGUCUAACUCUCACAUACUGUAGCUAUGGGGUGCAGAUGCAAAUGAUGUGGGCCAAAAGGGGGGGUUUGGCAUGUGGCAGGGGGAAAAAGAAAAUCUGUGCAACAUCUGUACAUCUUUAAUAGCCCAAAUAAUUCCGACGUCAAGCAGAUAAUAAUGACAGUUUAAAAAUCUGAAGAAAGAAACCCAACAAAAACCAAAUGGUCAAUGGACAAUAGACUCAUGAUGUAGCCUUCUUAACUGUAGUACCGACAUUACAGGUAGGAAGGCAUUAGACUAUACUGAGCAUACUGCACCUAUAUUAAAAUG